UUCGGGACCGACUAAUCUCGGCACUUUCCACGUUUAUUUGCGCAUGCCAAGUGAUAUUUGCGUACGCUUCCCGCUCCAAGUGUUUUUCGGGUGCUCGGAGACGCACACCCUCGUCGCUUGUCGUAAAAGAUUGGUUUGUGUGCUGCCGCUGCUGCUUAGGCAGAUGGCCUCCACAUUGUGUUGCGGUCGAAGUUGUGACCCAGUCGACGAUUUUUGAUAGAAAGUUUGUGACACGUCGUGGUUGGGUGUAGGUUGAUCCGUUAUUCCUCACUUGUGGAGCAGAGCAGUGUCAGCACGAAAUUUUGUCUGGAAAAUUCUCUUGCAUCUCCUCUCUCUCUCUCCCUUUCUCUGCUAUCAAGAUCUUUCACGUCGGAGGCAUCGCUUGCUUUUCUGUGAGAAUUUUUGUCCUUCGACAACUCCGUCAGAAGAUUUUGAGCGGACUAUGAGCACCGCCUUGCCGCUUUAGUUCUAGUACGACUGGCAUUGGAGUACUAGGUAGGGUCCGGCACAUCUGAGACCUCUGGAACUCAGUUUUCCGUGUGUAAAUCAGCUGAGAAUGAUGUGCGAGUAGUCCAGAUUUAAUGCAUUUUAACUUAGUUUUCGUGAGGCUUGUUUGGUUUAAGUGAAGAUUCGGAAGUAGUGUAACGAUGGAGUGUUUUGAUUUAGGGCCGAAACGCAUGGCACAAUCCAUAAUCUACCUCCUGUUACUCACCCUCUUCUCUAGUGUUUUGGCAAUCGACUCUCAAAGCCCCAAUUUCAUAUGCGGCAAGUCGUGCAGAUGUCCGUUAGGCGCCGGUGCGCAAGAUCGCGCUGAUAGGAAAUUGGCUGCUCUAUCACCACCUUCGGAAGCACCAGCAUCUGCACCCCUUCCUCCGGCGCCACCGCCCAACAAACGACCAGCGUUGAUUACCCCAAACGCUAACUUGCCAGAUUCUGACCUGCCGCCGUUGCGCACACCGCCGUCGCCUGGGCAGCCUGCAGCCUCGCCUGUGGAGACUUCAACCUCGCCAGUCUCCUCGAAAAAGCAAACAAACGUAGCAGUGGGUCUGGGGGUCGCAUUGGGAGUUUUUGUGGUGUUGAUCGUUUCAAUUUCAGCAGCAGCAUAUUUCAAACCUGAUUGGAUGCCGUGCUGCAAAGAGACCCGUCGAAGCUACUAUGAGCGACAAUUGCCCACCUAACGAAAACCAUGUGCCGUAGACCAGGAAUGUGAUCAGAUUGCAUCUUUCGCAUGGAGCACCACGACGUUCGACAACUGGCUUCGUCUUCGAAGACUUCAGUCAGGAUGGAUCUGAAUCCAAUGUGAAGAAGGCCUUGGUGGGGGCCUGUAGCGUGUGGAGUCGCCGCACAUCAAGUUCUGAACGCCGGGGAUUGUGUCAGGAAAACAAUUUUACAAAGUUUGUUCUGAUCUCGUAAUCAACCGAACGGAAUCAAACGAAGUCCAGCAUACUGAGGGGUUUGGGAGGCAUGAACGUGAUCAGAAUGUCACAAAGACGCAUCGCCAGCACGUCCUUAGCGGAGAUGAAGCAGCAGUGAAGGCUUGCUUGCUAGCUGAGUUGAAUAGUCCCAAUCCUUCGAUCACGGAGAGUGCAUUCUGGAUCAAUUCAGGAAUUUAUAGCCACGUCUAUGGAGUUAGAUUCUAUUCUAGUGCAAUCUUAGGGCCGUAAGAGUUUUGGAUAUGGGAGACAUGAAUUGAUUCUUCGAGAAAAAUUCUGCUUAGUCCAUGUAUACUUCGGCUUGAAGCUGCAAAUCCCCACGAGGACUUCAUUGAGGAGACCUGAGAAUACUGCUGUCAAUUUAAUGAUCCGAUUUCUUUCAUUUC